GCAGUGGUUUCUGCACGAAGCCCUGACAUGCAGUGUACACCGUCUGUGUGUGCACGGUGCACAUGAGCAAAUUGAAUGCGCAGCAGGACAGCAGCAGAGCAGCAUCGUUUACUGCGGGAAAUAGACGACCAUAGCGGAUCCCUCCGCCAGGGGAGACUAACGUGCUUUGAUGGGAUAUACCAUCGAAUGGACUUUUAUAACUGGGAAGUUGCAGUUGCGUUGCAACACUGUCUAAUAAAAUGACUGGCACCCAGAGCAGGCAGGAUGGUGAAGGAGCGGGUACGUCGGGGAGCGCGACCUUGCCACUCAACCCGCAGACCGAGCGCCUGUGCAACAAAACCAGCAUUUGCUCUCGCUCCUAUUUUGUGGUUGUAAUGGUGUUUUUUCAUGUAUACAUAAUUAAUGUAAUAGCACUGUUAUUCUACGUGCACUACAGCAGCGGACAAGAAGAUGAUAGCCAAAGUCGUGACACUCAUGACACUGACCACUCGCGCAUUAACUCAAGAUAUGCGCCAUCAAAAGUUGAAUACCAACGUGAUUUUUCACUUCCAAGAAUCGAGGGUAUAAGGGUUGGACAUGUCCAGAAGGUGUCACUGACACGUGGACAAGACCAUCUCAUGCGGACACUCAGUAUGAAGCCUCUUCUAUUUGAAAUACCAGACUUUUUAUCUGAGGAUGAGUGCCAAGUUGUAAUGCAGCUGGCACAACUGAAAGGUUUAAUGGAAAGCCAGCUUAUGGUUCAGGGAGACCAUGAAGAACUGGUAAAGGAACUGAACCUUAGCCCAGAGGAGAUCUUCAACCUUCUUGACAUAAAUCAGGAUGGACAGUUGCAACAUACUGAGAUAUUGACUCACUCCCGAGUGAGGGAUGGCAUUUGGUUAACACCAGAUACUUUGAGGGAAGUAUAUGCAGGUCUAGAAGCUGACAAGAAUGGUGAUGGUUUGCUAAGUAUAGAGGAAUUUAGACUACUGAGCAGUGAUGCCUUCCAGCGCUUCCUGCAGCAACAAGGGGUCAAGAAAAGUCAGCUGGUGAGAAACAGCCGACAUACAUGGCUUUACCAGGGUGAAGGAGCACACAAGGUCCUUCAAGAUAUCAAAGAGAGAGUAAUCAAACUAACUCGGCUCCCACCUGCCUUAGUGGACCUGAGUGAGCCUUUACAAGUGGUCCGUUAUGAAGAGGGUGGGCAUUACCAUGCCCAUCACGACAGUGGGCCAGUCUACCCUGAAACAGCCUGUACACACACCCGACUAGCAGCUAACACCUCCACUCCUUUUGAAACAUCAUGCAGGUACAUCACAGUUCUCUUCUACUUGAACUCUGUUGAAGGGGGUGGGGAGACCGCAUUUCCUGUGGCAGACAACAGGACCUAUGAUGAUGUGUCAUUAAUACAGAAUGAUGUAGACCUUCUGGACACCAGGAAGAACUGUGAUAAGAGUAACCUAAGAGUGAAGCCAACAAAAGGGACAGCUGUUUUCUGGUACAACUAUCUUUCAGAUGGAAAAGGCUGGGUGGGGGAGCAGGAUGAGUAUGCUCUCCAUGGUGGCUGUGUGGUCACCCAUGGCACUAAAUGGGUUGCCAAUAAAUGGAUCAACAUUGAUCCAGAUUACCAGCGACAGGCUCGGUAUCAGCAACUGGUCUCACAGUACCCAGAGCACAGUGAUGACGAUGGUUCAACUGUAUCUUCUGAAACUCAUAGUUCUAACAUACACCAAGACUUGUAGCAUAUAUACAAGACUUUUUGCAACUUUCCUGUGCACAAUGACAUUGCUAACUGUUGUGGGCACUAUGUAGAAACAAUUCAGGGAAUGAAAUCAAAUGAAAUCACAGUAGGCUUAUGCAAGUACUUUGAAUUAUUUAUUAAUUUAUGCCAGCAGAGGAAUUAUUUUUUAUUGUUUUGGAAUGAUGCACUAUAUACUUUUGAACUUGAGACAUAGAAAAACCUGCAUGCACGUUUGCACUGAGAAAAUAUUGCAACAUUUCCUAAAAUAGACUAUGCAUGUUGCCUUGUCUUAUACUUAUAUUUGAUCUUUACAUUUGAGGGAAACAUAUUUUUUUCUGCAAGAUGGUUGUUAUAAACAAUAUAGUAGAAAAGCCUUUUAAUUAAAAUAUAGUUUUUAUACAAUCAAUGUUCAUUUUUUGGGGAAAAACCUUCAUACCAAUAAAAGAUAAAUUCUUAAGUCG